AUGGAUCCUAAGAUUUGGUUUCUAUUGUUGAGUAUAUUAGCGAUUAAUAAAUUAAUCGAAACAAAUGGAAGUUUAGACCAUAAAUCCAAUUCAACCCAUAAAUUGUCAAAACGAGGUCUCAAAUCAAAUGAUAUAUUAGUUGGCAAACCAUCGCCUCAAUGGUGGAAGUCUUGGUGGAGAGAUUACAUCUCAGAAGUGACGGACCCAACAGUUAGACCAUAUCUGUUGACUGGAAGUAAUGCACAUCAGAUCCUAAGCUUAAACAAUGAGGUGCAGACACAUAUAGAUGAUGAAGAAGAAGAAGAAAGUGAAUUAAUUCCACCCCAGAGACCACAGAUCAGAACAACUGUUAGUCCUAUUAAGCCAUCGAUUGUCGAGAAACCCUCGCCGCGACCUUUAAGACCAACAGUAGGGCCGCGACAACCAGUUUUCAGACCUGAAUCUACAACAACUACUACAAUCUCAACAGAUGAAGAUGAGAUUAUCGACACAACUGAAGAGUUUAUACAAACUCCUACUACAAGAAAACCCCAAACACUUCCAUUAAGAACUACUAGACCACCAUUUUUUCGUCCACAACCGACAACAACUGAUGCAACAGUUACUCCAACUGACGAGAAAACCGAUUUUGAAGAGACUGAAGAACCUAUUGAAAUCAGUUUCAAACCGGGAAGACCUACUGCUACUCCAGCAAAAAUGAUGACAAGAUUUCCAAUUCAAACUCGACCUUUUUAUACGACAUCCCCGACGGUUGCAGAUGAAGAAGUCGAUUCAGAAACUCCUAUUCAACCACCCCUUAGAGUCCCAUCUCCUCCCCCAUCAUUCCGACCGUUUCAGCCACAGUUUAGACCAACAUCUCUGCCACCAAUCAAAGGCAGGCAACCUAUACCUACAAUAAGACCUCGACCUACAUUUGCCCCUCCGGUUAAAGGUCAGCCACCCCCGCGUCCUCGACCAGUAACUAUUUCACCGCCAGAAAUAGAGGAGCAAACACCUGCACCGACAAUAUCUCCAGCAAUUAAAAUACCACCAAAACCGACCAUAAGACCAGUUUCAAGAACGACAGCGCAGCCACCAGUCAAAGGUCAGCCGCCAACUCAACGGCCAAUACCUACACUUUCGCCGGAGGAAGAAGAAGAGGUAACAAAAUUUACAGUUAAACCUCGAGUUACGACACCACCCCCUGUGAAGUUGCCGCCAACAUUUAGACCAAAACCUGUAAUACCUCCAACUCGUCCUCCCAUUAAAGGUCGCCCUCCUAUUCCACCCCGAACUCCAGCACCAAUUUUUAUUCCUCGAACGUCUACAGUUCCACCAAUCAAACGGCCACUUCCAACAAGACCUAUAAUUAGACCCAGACCUACACAACCACCAGAAAUAGAGCAAGAAAUGUUAGAAACAACACCCAGAACUCGUCCCCGUCCAGUACCGACUUCUCCACCUAUUAAAGCACAGCCAACAAUCAGACCCCGAACAACACCGCAACCGACGUUUGCGCCACCAGUUAAAGGUCCGAUACCAACGCCACGUCGUCCAGCACCUCAGCCGAGACCUACUUUAGCGCCUCCAGUGAAAGCACCGCCAACAACGACAAGAGCUCCCAUAACUUUCCGGACAACAACUCUUUCUCAAAUUGAAGAAGAAGAAACCGAAUUACCGCCAAUUAAAGGUCCUCCGGCGCCACCAAAACCAACUUUUCGACCAACACUUGCGCCUCCCAUUAAAGGACAGCCACCUGUGAUUAAACCUAGACCUACACUUCCUCCCAUAAAAGCACCGCCAACCAGAGCAACCAUACAAACGAGACCAACGCCUCCGCUACCAGAAAUUGAAGGUGAAGUUAUAACAGAACAACCAGUUCCUCCUAGUCCAAGACCACAAUUUCCUAUUAAAGAACAGCCUACAACUAGCCGACCAACGUUCCCUCCAAGUCGACCGCGACCAACAUUUGCGCCGCCAAUUAAAGGUGGAUUCCAACCAGUAGUAACCAGAGCACCAAAAAUAAUUCCCAGACCUACAAUAGCUCAAGAAAUUGAAGAUGACAUUCCUUCAGUCAGACCUAAAACUUCAUUACCGCCUAUAAAAGCACCGCCACAACCAACAUUUAGACCCAGAAGACCCCCCAUAAGGGAAGAGCCAAUACUACCAACACAGAGACCAAUCGAUGAAGAAGAAGAAGAGAAAACCGAAAGACCAAUACGUCCGCGACCUGUAGUACCGUCCGCUAGAGUACCAUCUCCUCCACCAUUUAGACCUCGACCUACAUUUGCUCCACCUAUUAAAGGUUCGCCACCAUCAGUAACAUUCCGUCCGCGUCCGUUCCCACCCGCCGGGGACUCACAGAUAUCAACAUCACAGACACCCAUCACUACUACUACUGAAUUAACCAACGAAAUAACAGAAUUAGAUUUUGCUAUUUCAAGCACUGAACCGCCAUUUGGUACCCGAACCACACGUCCUAAACCGAGACCUUUCGUACAACAACCUCGAGUGAGUCCAUCACCAACAACUCGUCCAGUGCCACCUAUUCAAAGAGUUCCAAUUAGGUCAUCUACUACUAAAACAACUACAGAAAGUCCCGAAACUACUCAAACUACUAGUGAUGUCGAGUCUACUACCAGUUUUACCGAAGAUGAGAUAACUGAAGAGCCAAUAAGACCGCGACCAACACCAGUUCGUCCACUAGUCCGUCCACCAGUACGUCCAUCAAUACCACCGGCACCAUCGCAAAGAGGUCUACUCAUUCCAAAACCACUGCCUUUGAUUCCUAAAGUUCCUGAACGCAAACCUGCUAUCAUUCUUCCACCUGUGCCUCGACUGCCAGUGCAGACAUUAAGACCAACUAAAAAACCUUUGAUUGGAAUUAAAACCGGACCAAAACCGGGAACUAAAGAUCGAACCUGA